AUGGCAAGGGCAUUGUCUUUAGUUUGGACCUGGGGUAGCGCGCCAAUCGAGCUGUGCCCUUUCCACGUGGAUAUGAGACUGUUCCGCUAUUUCACCGCGAUUUAUUUGGGCUAUGGGACGCUUUGCUAUCCUGUGCAGCUGGCGGCUGCUGUGGCGCUGGCCCCGAGGUUCAGCCGCAUUUUUGAGGGGCUAAAGUCGCGCCUGGGGCUGAAUUGGUGGGCAGCUGGCGCUUGGCUGCUGCUCCUCAUUGCUGCAGGCUUGGCUGCUGUGAUGGCUGGAAUUAUAAUUGCCUUGGCAUUGUGGCCGGCAAUGCCUACCUACUGGCUACACGGCUUUCAUUGA